AAGAGGGGUGAGGGAACCGGGAGAGGCAGAUCGGCGGGAACCGAGACACAGGCAAGGCUCUGGAGAAAGCAGACCAGGCAUAAUGGCCACCUUGCCACCACCAGCCAGCCCCUCCCGGCCACCUCUUAACCCAGAGGACGAAGAUGGCAUCCUGGAUGAGUAUGACCAGUAUAGCCUGGCCCAUCCUUGCAUCGCCGGGGGAGGUCGGAAAGGUCGAACCAAGAGAGAAGCUGCCGCCAACACCAACCGUCCUAGCCCCGGCGGGCACGAGAGAAAGCUGCUGACCAAGUUCCAGAACUCCGAAAGGAAAAAGGCCUGGCGCUGAGGCAGAGCUGCAGGUGAGGCGCCCAGAGCCAGCAAGCAGAUGAGGCCAGACCACGGAGAACACACCCAGCAAAGGAUACAGGACACCACGCCCAACAAUGGAUACAGGACCUUGGAGAAAUUAGCAGCUGUAGGCAGGACCUUUGCCUGUGCUUGACUCUCUCCCACCUAAGGGAGGUUCUGGAGGGGGAGUACUGAAAAAGUCCUUCCAGACCCAGCAAAAGCGUAAGAUAGGAGCAAGAAGCAAGGGGUAGGUGGGUGGGGCUGGGGAGGCGCUCCCAAGAAAGAACUGUGGAAGAAACCGGAUGCCCCAGAGGGGUAGCGACAAUAAACAGUACAGCAGUGGCAGUUUC